CACAAAGAUCUUCAAGAUCGGCGCAGCAGCACAGAGUCUGCGCGAGGAGCGCGCGCUCCACAGCGACCAGCGCCUCAUCAUCUUCGUGCACGGCUACAGAGACAACCCCACCAAGGAGUCCUUCACUAACAUGACACAGGUGUUCCUUGCUAGUGGGCAUAUAAACCUGAUCGCUCUGGAUGCCAGCUCUGUCUUGAAUUGGAUCUAUCCCAGCUCGACCUCGUUCGUUCGCUUCAUUGGAGAAAAACUGGGACAAGUCCUAGCUGACAUCGUUCAAGAGGGUCAAAAUCCAUCCGACAUCCACAUAAUCGGGCACAGCCUCGGCGCGCACAUCGCCGGUUUCGCUGGGAAGACCUUCCGGGAGCAGACCGGGAAGUGUCUCGGCAGGAUAUCCGGGUUGGACCCGGCCGGGCCCUGCUUCAACGCCGUUCACCCGGACGCGAGGCUGAAGCAUACUGAUGCGGACUUCGUGAGCGUCAUGCAUACAGAUGUAACCCUGUUCGGGAUUAAGGACCCCGUUGGCCACCAGGACUACUAUCCCAACGGUGGGUCGUCGCAGCCCAACUGCUACCUGCCGGGCUGCUCUCACAUCCGCUCUUGGAUACUGUUCGCAGAGUCCGUGCUCAACCCACUCGCCUUCCCGGCUAGGAAGUGCAAGGACUGGGACGCCUUCAAGAAAGGACAGUGUGAAUCGGAAAUUAGUUACAUGGGCUACCCGUCCAACGCUACAGCUAGCUGUGGCCACUACUUCCUGCAGACAGACGGCAAGUUUCCUUACGGCCGUGGCCUCAAUGUCGCAUGCCGCAUGCUGCAAAAUUUAAUUGGUAGCAUGCCGCAUUACCGGAUGUUGUUGUUUUACACGCUGGCCGCCCGCUCUGACCGCCGCGGACAUGAGGUUCCCAAUUAA